AUGCCAGGCGCGCUGCAGAACAGCCGAGUGAUGAGAGGUCAGGGUGACGAAUCUAGAAGUGUCGAGGCCCUGAAGACGGUGAGCCGUAUCUGGGGCGUAGACAAGGUUCAGUAUUACCAGUGGGCGUAUAGUGGGAUCAAUUUCUGCAACAAACUCUGCGCAGCGGCUCGCAAGGUGAGCGAUUGGGAAGAAGCUGUAGUGAAGUUAAACAUGUUGCUUCACAGACGAUCCCAGCAGCUUGGACGACGGCCAAUUAAGUACUCGGUCAACCCUAUCGAAUCGGAUGAUUUGAUAAACUUAAGGGCCUGGUCUCAUAAGGAUCCAUACGUCAAGAAAAAUGACCGUGAGAGAAUCAGUCUAGUUUUCAGCAAUCUGGCUGCCAGAGACUUGCCGGCCGGGUUUGGUUUCGAUAAAUUCGGGCUGAUGGUACGAAGUGGACAGCAACAGUCAGGCGGCGAUCAGCUUUCGCGGGAGGAGAUAGAAAGCCGGAGUCCUUGGGAUGGCGGUGACUGGGUUCGAGACCGCACUGAAGGGCGCCUGCGGGAAGGACACGGGAAUCUGGCGCGUUUGAGGACGGUGAGGCGCAUCUGGGGCGGAGACAAGGUUCAAUAUUACCAGUGGGCGCAUAGGGGAGAAGAUUUCUGCAAAAAACUCUGCACAGCGGCCCGUCAGGUGAGCGACUGGGAUGAAGCUGUAGUGAAGUUGAACAGGUUGAUUCACAGACGAGCUGAGCAAAUUGGGCGACGCAAAGUCAAGCAAUCGGUCGACCCUAUUGAUCCGGAUGAUUUAGUAAAUCUGAAAGCUUGGUCUCAUAAAGAUCCAUAUGUCAAGAAGAAGGAUCGCGAAGGAAUCGCGCUGUCUCUCAGCAAGUUGGCUGUCACAGAUCUGCCAGCCGGUUUUGGCUUCGACAAGUUCGGGCUGAUGGUACGAACGGAAGAGCGACAACUAGGAAGCGUUGAAGAGAGUGGUUUAGGUGUGGGGCGCUGCAAUCGGCAGAAUGUGGUACAUACGGGUGGCAAACAAGUCAGGACGGACAGGAACCGCCGGCGGACCAAGGUCAGAAGGCCGAGAGACGGCUUCGCAAGCAAAGCCGUUGCUAGGCCGGGGGACCUAUUUCGGGCGUUCAGGCGCGUGCGCGACGGGGACGAACAGGCCACGGCGCAGGUAAAUCCGGGCUCGAGAGAAAUUCGUGGGUCUUCGUUGGGGGUUUUGGGACGCUUGGAAGUGCGCGAGGGAGAGAGUAUGGCGCUUGCGGGUAUCGGCAUCCGAAUCUCGGCAGACGUAAUUCGGGCUGCGCAAAAUGAUUUGGGACAGGCCAGGGCGGAGAAGGAUGCUCGGCGAGGGGAGAAGAAGAGGCAGGGUCCUAGUAACACAGAUGGACUGCGAUCAAAACGUGCUAGAAUCAUGGUCCGCCAGGAGAGAACUGAGAGCGAUCAAGUGGAGGACCUUGCCAGUGUUCUGCGCUGCAUGAAUGAAGAAUUUGCGGAGAAAGAGCGAUUGUCCCACAGCCAGGAAUGGAGUAUUCCUGUUUCUCUUGAGAAGAAGGUGUCCACCGUCCAGGAAUACUACAGUGCGUUCCAUGACGUGAGCACCCUGCCGAUACAUACCUGCACGAUCUGUUAUCUGAAGUAUGCUAGAGUGGAUCUGGGUGAGGUUGAUUGGGAUCGGUGGGUGGUAAGUAUCGUCGAGAAACGUGACAAUUCACCUUUUAGGUGCAGGCGGUGCUUUCUGCCGGGAAAGAAGAUUGUGGCUUGUUUUGACUGUCUGAAGCACCUUAAAAGAGGUGCCUUGUCUCCUGCAGCCCAGUUGCAUACUAGGCUCGGGUGCGAACAUAUGUUUCCCGACGAGUUGAAGGGCCUUACGCCGAUCGAGGAAAAGCUUAUCGCGCUGAACUCCUGUUAUGGGUUCAUCACCAAGUACAGUUUAGCAGACAGGCACAGGCAGAGUGUGAGAUAUCCGAAGCAUGUUAAGGGCAACAUCACAGUCUUCCCCAAUAACGUGCAAGAGCUAGUGAGAGAUGUCCUACCUCACCCGCUAUUGAAGGUGCUGGAUGAGGUGCACGUGUCCUGGCAGGGUGUUGAGAAACCAGCAUCGAGCGAUCUUUCAGCGCUUUUGUCGGUGCGGGGCGGCGCCGCGUCGUGGAGAGGGCGCUGGUAUGGCUAA